UUUUGUUUUUGUUUUUUUUUUCCUUUCCCUGCCCUCUUCAUUGGCACCGAUUGUACAGUUACUAUGCCUCCUAAACGCGCUAUUAAGGCGAUUCCUUCCACGCCCAUCUUUGCAGACUGUGUGUUUUCUAUCGCUGGAUCAUUCCCAGGCCAGACCCACGGCGAUAUUAAUGCCUUGCUCGUUACUGCUAAUGCAGGCGCACAAGUUACCUCUACUGUCACCAAAAAGACCACUCAUCUCAUCACUAACCAGGAAGAGAUCGAUAAGAAAACAUCCAAGGUUACCAAGGCUGCCUCGAUGGAUAAUAUCACUCUAGUGAGCCUUGAUUGGAUCACCGAAUCACUUGACAAGAAGAAGAAGCUUGACAUUGCGCCCUAUACACUCGGUUCGGCCGCUGCUACUUCAACUUCUUCCAGCACCAACGGCACUACCGCAAAUACCGAUUCCAAGACCGACGUGGAUAUGAAAGCAGUCGAUUCCAAAGCUAGCAAGGAUGGCAAGUCCAUCCCUACCAAUCCUAAAAAGCGCAAUCAAAAGCGCAAGGCUGCUGCUGAUUCAGACGAGGAAGGAGAUCAUGUUGAUAAAAAGAUCAAGACACUCAAAGCCAAAGUAACCAAUUCUAGUGGUACUGCUCAGAUCCGCCAACCCCCGGUCGACAGGGCCUGUACCCUUCCAGCCACGUACUCAGUUUAUGUCGAUAGCGAAGUUGCAUGGAACGCCCGUUUGAAUCAGACCAAUAUUGGUGCGAACAACAACAAAUUUUACUUUAUUCAGCUUCUGCGAAGCACUAAUCAAUAUGCCGUCUUUUGUCAUUGGGGACGCGUCGGUUCCAAUGGUCAGUCCUCAACAGACAUGUUCUUCGAUCUCGAAUCGGCAAAGAGGGAAUUUGAUAGGAAAUUCAGAGGAAAGACUAAGAAUUCCUGGAGUGGCCGCGAUAAUUUUGUGAAGCAUCCUGGGAAAUACCAUUUGCUCCCUCCAGAUGAUGGCGACUCGGAUGACGAGGAUGAGGAUGGCGCGAAGGCGAAAAAGACCAAGAAGGAGGAGAAGGAAGAGAAGCCUGUACCGGAGUCUAAGCUUCAUCCAAAGGUUCAAGAACUGAUGGGCCUCAUUUUCAAUACAAGCAUGAUGAAUCGACAGAUGAAGGAGCUAGAUUAUGAUGCGGACAAGAUGCCGUUGGGAAAGCUUGCCAAGGCCACCAUUCUUCAUGGAUAUGAAGUUCUCAAGAAGAUCAGCGUUGCUCUUAACGCUAAAAAACCCAAUGAGUCUGAACUCAGUGAGCUCUCUAGUGAAUUUUAUACUGUUAUUCCCCACAACUUUGGGUUUGCAAUCCCACCUAUUAUCAAAGACGCACAGACACUGAAGAAGAAGUUGGAGAUGCUUGAGGCACUGGGCGAAAUUGAGAUUGCUCAGAAGUUGAUGAAGGAGAAUAAGAAAGCGGAAGAAGCUCUGACAAUGAACCCACUCGACCAACAGUUCAUAUCUUUGAAGCUGAAUAAACUGGAGCCUAUGGAUAAGGAGAGCGAACGCUACAAGCUCAUUGAGCAAUACGUCAAGAACACACAUGGAUCCACUCACUACACCAAGCUUGCCAUCGAUGAAGUCUUUGAUCUCUCGCGCCAAGGUGAAGACGAACGAUUCGAUGAAUCUGGCUUCAGUAAGCUUCACAACCGUCGCCUGCUCUGGCACGGAAGUCGCCUCACUAACUAUGUCGGUAUUCUGAGUCAAGGUCUUCGCAUUGCUCCACCCGAGGCUCCUGUCAGCGGCUACAUGUUCGAUAAGGGGGCCUAUUUCGCGGACUGCGUUUCCAAGUCUGCCAACUACUGCUUUGUGGACUCUCGCACUAACAACACGGGUCUAAUGCUGCUUUGCGAAGUCGCACUUGGUGACAUGUAUGAACUUGAGCAAUCGGACUACAAUGCGAAGGCUAACUCCCAGAAGGCCGGCAAGCAAAGUACAAAGGGCUUGGGUUUAGCCUAUCCAGAUGAGAAACAUGAUGUGUUUAUUGAAGACAAUCUCCUCGUGCCAGUAGGUCCGCUCAAGCGCAAGAAAGCCGGAACCGGUCUAUAUUGCUUGCAGUACAACGAAUACAUUGUAUACAACACAAGCCAGAUUAAAAUGCGCUACCUGAUCCGCAUGAAGUUUGGCCAUGGUUACUAGUUCACUCCUUUGUUUUUCCCUUGCAUUUCAAUAGCUUUGUACUUUAC